UUCGCGAAGGUGUCGAAGAAGUCGAGGGUAUCACGUCGCGCGCUUCGUCGACGGUUUUCGUUUGUUUCGAAUGUGGACUUUUGCGUGCGCGCCGGACGAUUCGUUUUGUGUACCAUCGGAAUCGCGGAUCUACGAACGGAUACGCGAAGAAAGGAAAUUGUGUUGCGAGCAGGGGAAGGGAAAAAAGGAAAAUUCAUUGUGGUGAAUAGAUGGUUUGAGAGGGUGGCUUAAAUAGUAAUAAUUAUUAUUAUUAUUAUCUGGUUGGUGUUUUUGAGUGAUCAGUGAACUGACAGUGUGCAUUGGGAUUUAUGACUGGGAAUUAUUAGAUUUAUUGGAUUCUUUUUGUUCUGCUGUGAACGUGGAUGUAGCGAGGAAAAUUACCCCGGUCGCUGAGUUCUUCCAUCUAGAAUUACAGGUUCCGGCUUUAAUACAUGCCAUUAGCCAGAACGAUACACGGUGAUUUUUGCUUGGACCCGAAUGAGUAGUAACUUGGUGGUGCAGCUGUGGUAUGGUAAAAUAUCAACGCUUCCAUGACUAUAGUAGUAAGUCAUGCGAUGCGACGAUAUUCCCCACCUUCGCCCAGUGGUAACUACUUCGUCCAUCGCGUAGGGGAAGAUUCGUCGUGCCAAUCAUCCCCCUCAACCCCAUCGGCACGUCACUGCGACGACCACUUCCCUCCACCCCGUUCGAUGCGCGUCUCAGAGCCAUGGCUUUAUGGAAGCGUACGUUCAGCGCCUCCCGCACGAUUCUUCCUUACGCCGGCUCUGGUACUCUGCACAUGCGCAGAAUACAUCAACGGUACGAAGCGGUCGGCCAAGAAGAGUCCCACAAUGUGCAAAAAGUGCAAGGGUACCCGAUUGCCGUUUCAUAUGCUCGAACCCUUGCCCCCUUGUGCCAAUGCUGCCAGCAAAUACGGUACUGUGAGAUGCUACCCGACCGCACCAGGGCCGGCUUCAGGGAGUAUCGCGUAUCGAGCGGGCACCGCCAGGGUUUCCAGUAGUUCUCGACCAAGUAUUUUGCCGAAUGCCGGACCAGAUCCAUACGAAUAUUUGAGAAGAGCCCGUACUUCAAAUUCCGAUCCCAAUUCAACGAUUUCGAAACGAGCAAAAUCUCCUAGCAAAAGCCUCCGCAACGAUACCUUUUCUCUUCGCAAUCAGAAUAUCAGCAAAAAUAAAUAUGGAACAGCAGGUCGAAAAUCGAUCCUCGAAUGCGAAAUUAAUCCUUAUGAUCUCGUCGAUGGCGGAGACGAAGGCGAAGUUAACGAAAAAACCAUUACAUUCUUAAACGGGCAACGAAUAAGGGUGAGACCUCCUUUACCAGAACACGAUUAUGAAGAUGUUGGAAGUAACAAAUCUAAGGAACCGAAAAAAAUUCAGGAAAUGAAUGAGUUGCGAAGAAACUCUGGAUCUACAAAACAAGAUUCCCAAUCUUCAUCUUCUACUCUAUCAAUUGUCAGUAAUGGUACAGCACAACAACAACAACCUUAUAUCACUCCAGUUUCGAAAACCAACGGUAAUGAUACGUACAAAUCCAUCCUGAAGAAGACAACAUUCGAUUCUGAUAACACUAACCGAUCACUUGCCCAUCGCAGAAGCAAAUCGAACUUUUACCUCCCGAACACUGUCAGGAAAAAGGUCCAGUUCAUGGACGAGAACGAAGUAGUAAAACAUACCGAUAAUAAUGAUUAUGAGCCGGUCAGAAAACAGUUCGAUUCCAAACUCUCUCCGCCAGAGAGUUCGACUUCUUCAUCCGAAGAAUUAGACGAAGAAGUUUUUAAACCUCAUCGGGUGCAGAGAAGUAUCAGUGAGCGAUUCGAAAGUCAAAGUUCAAACGUCAAAUUCAAUGACACUAUGGCUUUACGUGUAAAGUCAAGAAAAAAAUGCAACAGCAGUAAUUUCUCUUCCGUCUUGGUAUCACCAAGUGUGGAUAUAGCGCUUAUUAAAUCGUUCUCUAAGAAUAUUCCCUCUAGACCACCACCACCAUUACCACCUCCGAAGAUUGAAGAAGUCGAAGAAUACAAUUCUCCAAAUGAGGAAUCUAUUCCGAAAAACAAUGAAGAAACUAUUAAGUCCAAUAUAAAUUUUGGAGGAUCACUUGUGGUUGUGAGUGAAGAUGAGGAAGUACACAUAAAACACGAUGAAACACCGGAAGAGCAUACAGCAUACAAACAAGAAGAAUGUGCACUUAAAAUAGUAAAUGAGCUACAAUAUCUGCCUCCUCCAAUGGCACCUCCAAGGAAGAAAAACAACAAACCGACCAUCCUUAACGUUAUUAACGAAUCAACUGAAAAUACACUUCCUGUUCCUCAAGAAAUGGAAAGAAUGCUUCAACGUGAUAAAAGUGAGGAUAUCAAGGAAGAAGUCGUUAUCAAGACCGCAACAUUGCCACCUAUUUUAUCAACCUCUAAUAAAACAGUAGUUCAAAUACGUUCAGCACCUGAUACAUACAAAAUCCAAAUCAAAAAUGAUUAUGCAUCAAGUGACAUUCCAGACAAUAUUUGCGCCAUUGAAAAUGUGCAACGAAAAACAUCAAUAAUGAUCAAUGGGGAUAACUGUUAUUCAACCGUCAACGUCAGCGACGAUACUCCCCUUUAUCUUUCUUCCGUUGUUGUAAGCGAUGCAAAUACUAAAAUUAUUCAAACCUCCAAUGAACAGAAAGAAGCCGAACAAUUGAGCAUCCUCCCAAAUAAGUUUAUUUUGAAUGGAAAUUAUGAAAACAAAAGCAUCGUUACCGUUACAUGUACCCCAUUUAUCGGAGACAGUCACAGAUUGGUUGAAUCAUCUACAAUAACGAAGAACGAAAAUGAAGAAUUAAAGGAAUCAGUGACCGCCGAAGAAAAAGUUGUAAAACCUGAACUACUUGAGCAAGAGUCUUUUGAGCAGCCAGCAAAAGAAGAUAAACUACUUGAGCAAGACAAUUUAGAAGAAAAAUCGGCGGAAAUAACGGAAGAACAAAUAAAACAAGAACAGAUUCAAACACGUGAAGAAUAUAAAGUGGUGUAUGAAGAUCCAGAAGUGGAAGAGAAAAAGCUGAGAGAGAUUUUGAGAAAUCCUGUGGAAGCAGUCAAAUUGAAUUUAGUCCCGCAUGUCUGCGGUAAGUCAGACAUGACAAGGAGACCACUGGGGAAAUUGACCAGAUGUUGCAGUUUCACUGAAUCAUCAGAAAACUGCAAAUCUACUGAUUAUGAAAAAUAUAAUCACCAUAGAAGCACUUACUUUGAUGAACUAACGGCAAACUCAACUCCGAAGCAAGAUUCCAGCAUUACUUCUACCGAUACAGGGAACUCAUCUAUGCAUUACGAAACCAUGGAACAAGAAUCAGAUUUCUACACAGACCAUAGCAACAGGAGCUCUGGAGGUGAAGACGAUUCCGUAGUCCGUUCGAAAUUCUACGAAUUAUUAGCGGACUCAGCUAUCACCGAAUUAUCAGAAACAGAUGACCAUCAGUACGAAAGCAUAAAGAACAACGCGGAUCCUAUUUAUGAAGAAAUAGAAAUACCUCCACCAUUGCCUACAAGUCCACCACCUAAGAAUAUCAUCGAUGAUCUUCAGCUCGACAAACAAAUCACAACUAGAUCAAUAUUUGAAGGAGCUUCGAAGUAUGACAUAUUAAGCUACUUAGUAGAUGCCAAAGAACGCGGAAUAGUACCAGAAGACAGCUAUGUUUUUGGUAAUUCGGAAGUCGUAAUUGAAGAAGAAACGUUGAAAGAAUCCAAUAGAGGUUCUCACAUGAGCACCAUAAGUGAUUCCAGUGAAGAUAGUUCCUUGAUAAUACCCUGCACAUUCAGCGACGAAAAAGCAUCUUAUCAGAAAUCGGCAGAAGUCGAAAGAAACGAUUCCGGCGUUGGGUCAGAAACGAGUAAGGUUUCCUUAACGAAAUAUAGAAAUAAACAAGAAUCUGCGUCAAAUUGUGAAGAUUGUGAAACGUCAAUAGAAAUACAGACGGAAAGCGAAGCGUUACUGUGCCGUAAAUGUAUGAAGAGGCGUUCAGAACGUAAAGAAAUAAUUACCGAAAUCGUAGAAACAGAAGAAAAAUACAGCAGGGAUCUACAAAUUAUUUUAGAGGAAUUUUAUCAACCGAUGUUGGUGGCAGGCCUUUUAACCCAAGAUCAAUUAUCCGCGAUCUUUUUGAAUGUUGAAGAACUCUUAGAAAACAGUCAGGCAUUAGCCGAAAGAUUACGAGACGCAGUCGAGAUAGCUGCGGAGCAAGGUGACGAAGAUCUAUUGACUGUUAACAUUGGAAAACUUUUUCUGGAAGCCGCCCCAAUGUUACACGCUUUUGAAACAUACUGCGUACGUCAAGCGGGAGCCAGCCUUCUACUGGCAAGUUUAGAAAAGGACAAGGAACUUCUACGCAUAUUCCUGAGGGUGUCCCAAAUGGAAAACACGAUGCUGCGGCGAAUGAACCUAAACUCGUUUCUAAUGGUACCCGUCCAACGGGUCACAAAAUAUCCACUCCUUCUCGCACGUCUGCAUAAAGCAACUCCGGCCCAGCACGAAACCAAAGAGCAGCUGAUGGAGGCCAAACAUCAGAUCGAACUGCACCUUAAUCACAUGAACUCGGAAACAAAAGACGUGCCCAGUAAAUUAUGGAGACGGAUCGGGAGCAGUUCAGGAAGGAGGCUCAGCACCGAAAUGGAUCUUGUUAGUAUAAAGUUGAGGAAGAUUGCCGUGGACGUGCUCGAAUGGAACCACGAAGAAGCGAGAUUCGCAUUGGAAGGAAAGUUACUUUUCACCCAACCAACUGAUAAUAACUGGAGGAAGGGAAGAACGAUUAAACUCAGUCCCGUUAAUGCUUUACUUGUUACAAAUGGAAAGAAUCCUUUUGGAAAUCGACCCGACCGACUAGAAGACGACGGAUUGAGAUUCCCUAAAGGAUCGGGCAUAAGGGAAGCCGCUUUACUUUUAGUAAGGGAUAAAAAUGGGAGAUACUCCCUUUUACGUGAUCCCCUUUAUCUGGACAGGUGUGUGAUAGCUACCGAUCCAGCAUGGCAAAGUUAUUUCGAAGUUCAAGAAGUGAUUGGAAAGGAUACAUUUAUUUUCAAGGCUGAAGAUGAAGAGAUGACCCAAACAUGGUACAAAGAAUUACAAUUUCAUGCCCAAGGUUUAGGAAUAUGGAGAAAAAGAAGGAACGCCUUGGCAAACAUAAUGAUUAACGGAAUGGGUCUUCGAACGUGAACUCAACCAGCAUCCCUCUCUUACAUUCCUAAUAAAUUAAUAUUAUUUUCUAAACUUAUAAAUAUAUACAUAUUAUGCAUUAAUUAAUGUACAUACUGA